UGUAUUGUUGGAAAUUUUGUUUCUUCUCACAAAGUUUGCACCAUUUGGAUUAAGAAUGCCAUAGUUUGCGUUGUUGAUGAAAAGUUUUGUGGAUAUACUCUCAUAUGUAUAAUUUCUGUUUAUUUUCAGUAUGUGAGAUAAAACUAUCUGGAAUGCCAGCUGGUCAAAAAAAUACAUUUAAAAUGCAUCUUUCUUAUCUGUUGUGGGUGUGGUUUUUAUCUGUGUGUUUGGGAGAAGAAUAUAAAUUAAGCCCACAGUGGAGACAGAUAUGUCCACGGAUUUACUUGAGUGUUUUUACUAGUUUUGCUCCAAGAGGAAAUGAAACAGCAGGUGCUUACUCGAAAAAAGAUAAUAUACAUUCUUUGGAGGAUUGUAUAACAAGUUGCUGCGGAGAAGAUGUUUGCAAUGUUGUUUUCAUGCAUGAUUCAACUUGUUACCAAAUCAUGUGUGCUACUAGUGAACUUUGUGCACCAUUGUUCCGUCCAGAGCCAAAAUUUGGCAAACAUGUUAGCAUGGUACUUGUUCAGCCUGUAUCAUCAUCAGAAACGUGGCAUGAAGUCAUUGAAGCUACGUGGGCAGAUGACUACAGAAAUAAAGAUUCAUCAAUGGAUGCUGCUGAAACUCAUUACAGUUGUGAAGUUGGUGUGGUUAUAGAUUGUCCUAUGAAUGAAGAAUGCGUACAGCUUGUAACACACUCUCGCAGUGGGAUAUGCCACUGUGUGGCGGAUUACCAACGCAAUUCCACUGGCGUCUGUACUCCUAUUGGAAAAUUCAAGUCUAAUAACACCAUAAAUGCAUUCCGUGCUGAGUUGCUCGCUGGAACACAGGCUGUCUCCCAGCCAACUGAGAUAUCUUCAGAAGGAGGUUCUGGAGGGAGAACACAUACAUUCAUGCAAGAAGUAACUUCAAGUAGACCCAUCAAGCAACUUGUUGUAUCAGCCGUUUCAAAGGAAGUACGUUUGCCAGAAAAUGAGGUUACAUUAUCAGCCUUCACUGUCCCUGCAGAACAACCAGGUGAACACUACAAAUAUGAAUGGACAUUCCUGGCGCAACCUGAGGGAGUCAACAGUGGCAUCAUGAAUGAUCAGAAUGGCGAGACACUGAAACUAAGUCACCUCAUUGAAGGGCUAUACAUGUUUAAAGUUAGUGUGUCUGCACCGGGAGCAUAUGGUGAGACAUAUGCAAAUGUAACCGUGCUGCCACCGAAGCACAUCAACAAACCCCCAGUUGUUGUGAUUACCCCAUCAACGCAGACAGUGAAGCUCCCAAACACUGGGGCUGUUCUGGAUGGCUCUAGUAGUAGUGAUGAUGAUAAAAUUGUGAGCUGGCACUGGGAACUGCAGCAGGGGCCUCUAGGCUACCAGCCUCAUUUGCAAGACACAUCCACACUUCAGCUUGACAAUCUGGUGGUUCCUGGAAACUACACUUUCAAGUUGACUGUUGAAGAUUCACACCAUGCAACUAACUCCACAACUGCAAACAUAACAGUUCUAAAAGUGACAGAUUACCCUCCUGAAGCAAAUGCAGGACAAGACACCAUUAUAUACCUUCCACACAACAAUCUGACACUGAGUGGCAUUCUAAGCACAGAUGACAGAGGUAUUUUUAGCUGGGAAUGGACUAAAAGUCCGUCUGAUCAGGAUAAAGCUGUUGACAUGCAGAACACACGGACACCAUAUCUCCAGCUCUCAAACUUAGAGGAGGGAAUGUACACAUUUGUUCUUAAGGUUACUGACACCUCUGGGCAGUCUUCCUCAGCAGAGGUCCAUGUCUUCGUGAAGCCACCCACAAACAAACCUCCAGCUGCAAAUGCUGGGAUGGAUAUUACUGUUUCUCUGCCUCAAACAUGGGCGCUACUGGACGGAUCUCAGAGCAGUGAUGACAAUAAAAUCACUGCCUGGAAGUGGGAGCAACUCAGAGGUCCCAGUAAAGUGGUGUUUUCUGCUAGCAGUAGUUCUUGCACAAAUGUGACUGAACUGACAAAGGGAGAGUAUGAGAUCCAACUGACAGUCACUGAUGAUAAUCACAACAAUGCUAGUGACACAGUUGUGGUCACUGUCACUCAGAAUGAGAAUGCUAAGCCCAAGGCAGAUGCUGGACCAGAUCAAAUCAUUACCCUCCCAAUUAGCGUUAUCACAGUGAAUGGUUCUCAGUCAAGUGAUGAUCUUGGCAUUGUGAAAUGGGAGUGGAUAAGAGAACCAAGUAGUCUUGCAUUUGGGCGAGUCAUAGACGAUUCUGAUCACUCACCCGUGCUGAUGCUCACAGAUGUAAUCCCUGGCCGCUAUGUCUUUCGUCUACGCGUUACUGAUGAACAAGGUGCAACAGAGGAAGACACCGUCUCCGUCAUUGUCAAACGUGAUCCACAUUUGUACCAUCUAGUUGAACUAACACUAAACAUAGAGGGCCGUUGGCUAACAAAGGCCCAGGAAUCAUCCCUGGAGAUGAAGCUGUCAUUGCUGCUGCGUGAUGAAGCAGAAAUACAUGUGCGUGAACUGCGCACAGAAGAUCGCACAGGCAGGGCAGUCAUUGUGUUUUAUGUGGAACAGAAGAACAGCAAAGGCGUGUUGCCCGGACCAACUGUUGUUGCAAGACUGAAGGAGAAGCUCAUGCAGGACUCUUUACUACUGGAGCUCUCUGUGGCCAACAUCCAGACCGUCAUAUGCCAAAACAAUUGCUCAGGCCAUGGCGUCUGCGACCAGGUCACUCGGCAGUGCCUCUGUGAGGCAUUCUGGAUGCAAAAUCUCAUCACAAAACACCUUGGAAGUGGUGACGCAAACUGUGAUUGGAGCAUCCUGUAUGUCGUAAUUGUGCUGUUCACCAGUGUUUUUCUGGUGGUUGGGUGUGGCUGGGGAAUCAUGUCUCUAUGCCAGCGUGCCUGUGCACGCCGGCCACACAAGCGUCAGCGCUACUCACUCCUGGAUGAAGGUGAGGAUGAUGCUAUGAUUCCCAGAGUAUCACAUGGAAAGAUGAUGAUGUCAGAGUCUGAUUCUGACUCUGAUGUCUUGUUUGAAAGCCGGAAGUGCAGGCAGAAUGGAGAUGCCCGGAAUGGACAUGGAAAAAUCCGCAAUGGUUUUGUAAAGCCAGGGCGUCGGAUCAAAACAUGAGGCAUUUCAAUGCUAUAUAUAUAUAUUGAGCUACCUGAAUGAGAUGGAAAGAAGCAUUUAAUUGGAAAGUCAGAAGGCACACCAGGAACCCAAAUGUCCAGUAAACAAAAUGGGAAUCUUGCUGAAAGUCCAGCCUAUAUGGUUAAGUAUUUUUAUUGUUAUGUUAUAUUGAUGUUUCCCUGGUUACAAAGUUUGCUACUGGUUCAUAUUUAUAUUUUAUUAUCAUUGUCAAUUUAUGUGUUCAUGAAACAUCGACUGUUAAUGUAUCUUAUAUUAUGCAGAUGAAAAUUUGAUAUAUAUAUAGGUGUUUCACAAAAUAAUUCCAGAUUUCAAAUUUAAAUAUUUACUGCAUGUGAGAAGAGAAAAUUGUGACAUGAAAAUAACAUCAGUUUUUUAUGUCAACCCCAAAUUUAGAAAUUAUGGCUGUUUACCAUUCCAGAUAUUAGAAUAUUACUUCAUCAGAAAAUACAACAUUGCUUAGAUAGUCCUUGUCUUCGUAUGUUUUUGUAACAUCACCCAAUUUUUUAGCCUCCCCAUUCAUCUGAUCUCAGUUCAUUAGAUUUCAUAGUUUGGGGUAGAGUGUUGGACAAAGUGUAGAAAAUUUAAAUAGAAAUGUCAGAAGCUUCACUUACAGUUAACUCAAGUAUGUUAAAGUACACAUGUAACAGCUAAGUUACAGGUUAGCUAUAUGAUGAACUGCAGGCACAGUUCAUAUCAGAAUAAUCCACAUAGAUGACUUGUUUUGGAAUUUCAUUUUUGAUAAAUAUUUAAAUUUCAAUUACAUGGACUAUUUGUGAAAAAUUUGUAUAUAUUACAAAGAGUUUAUACUAUAUUUUGAUUAGGGGCUCCUCUGUAAUGGAGCUCUUGCAUUUAUUCAGCACUUGCUUUCCAUCUUGAUGAAUUUCAUAUUCACUUCAUUUUUUAUAUGUAAGACUAAUGCACAUAAUAUUGGUCACAAUAUCACAGAUGGAUUACAGGUUGUUAAAUUGAUAUUGCAAUUCUAAAUUUGUAAGCAAUGCCAUUAUAAGUUCUAGCUUGUCUAGGUAUCACACAAUAAAGAGUCAGUGGCUGGAAAUGAAACAGAAUUUAUGUCUAAUAACAUGCACAUUAUAGUUUGCUGCAAUGAGCAAAGAAUGGAGAUGAUUUCUGUCAGACUAGGGAAGAGACUAUAAGUGUGGACUGGUUUAACAUUUGAGGCAUGUCAAGGAAUUGUUCUUUUAACUUCCCCCUGUGAUCUGUUGAGUUUUUCAUUCUUGUUUUGUCAUGGAGGCUGGAACCCUGGAAAGAGGCAUUAUACUUUAAUCUGUUAAUUUCUCAGCAUAAAGCCCACAUGAAGUCUGAACAUACAGAAUUACGGGAUUUUUGGACUUUACCUCAGCUGGGCAAGUGCUGUUUUCUAGUUUCAUUAUAAAUUCAGUAUUGUACUGACUUUGCCAGACACAAGUUAGGUCUCGAGCCUUCAGGCUUACAGUUUGUUUGCUGCCAGACUUACGUCAGUGCAGUAGCACUCCUGCUCACCUUUAUAAUGAACCAUGUUCAGCAAGCUCUCACAGUUAUAAUAAAAAUGACACAGCAUAUAAAAGUGAAAUUGGAAAAUACAGUCCUAAGAAGAAAUAUUUUGUGUCGUUAGUUUUUUGGCAAAUUGUAAGUGGAUGUAGAGAAUUACAUAUGUUUUAGAACUGGGUACAUAAAAUAAUUUUUUACAUACAGUACACAAGAAUAUAAAACGUUAAUGAUGACAAGUUAUUCAAAUUUGAUGCUUAUCUAAGCCAACAGGACAUGGGAAAUUGUAUUAUUAAAUUCUCAUUUAGGAAGACUCAGUUCUGUGUAACCAAAGUCAUUAUCAUUGGCAAAACUGCCCCUUUUCAGCCCUCCUUAGAAGAUUUUGCCUGAUUUGAUCCAGUUUUCGCUUCUAUGAAUUUUGCAACAAUAGUAUUUUUACAGAGCAAGAUUGUCAACCUUGCUGUAAAUAAAAUAAAAAA